AUGGCGUAUCUACAGACCGCAGGCAAAACUGCCCCGCGUUUGGCUGAGGAUAUCCUGUUGUACGAUGCCGCCCACCCUCCUAGCAACGGUCGCAACCUACUUUCACAGGUCCCUCCGGUGUACCCAGAACGUCAUGAUGGUCCCCAGGAGUAUAUUUCACCAGAAGCAUACCCAGAUGUCAUCAAAAAGCGAGCAGACGAGGCAUUCGCGUCUCAGCCGGAUCGUCUCGAAGGUGUAGCUGCACCUUUGCCUAUCACUGUCUUGGAUAAUCUACGCCUCUACCUCACCAAUGCACUUCGUCAUAGUGACCGCAGCAAGCCUAUCACCCAAGGUAACAAGCGUUUCAUGGUUUCAUUUGGUGUGAAGGACCCGAAAGCCAAGCGUGCGCAUGAGUUUGAAUUGCCACCUGCUCCCUUUUACGAGGAUCUUGGUACUGUGGAAGACAUGUCUUCCGAGCUGGUUGUAAAGUCAUAUGAACAUCAAGUACAGGCAGAUCCAUCCCGAGCUCCUCUUUACUUAAACUGCCUCAAGGCGAUUGGUACACUUCGAGGUCGUGAGGAUUGGGAGAUCAUCAACCAAGCUGUUCAAUUGGCCUACUCUGAAGGAAGAUACACCGAAGACGACGUAACUGAAGCAUAUCGAUAUUUUGGCCUUCAGCGUAAUGAUCCAAAUCUCACACAGGAGGCCAUUAUUGGUAAAUUCUAUGCGUUUCUUAGCUCAACAAAUCAAGAAACAGAGGCACGGCGUCAGAUGUGGUUAAUCGGACAGGGUCUGGGAAGUGAACGCAUAAAAUCAGCUUCUGAAGAUCGUGUUUCUACGGUCGAGCAGGCCCAAGUCUUUCUUGGGGUUGAUGAUCACACCCCAGAUGAUUUCAUUAUCACCAUGUAUACUGCUAAGAUCAACGACAACCCCCUUUGCAAAGAUUUAGCAGACAAAGCCGUGCAACUCAUCGCAGAGUCUCGCAAGUCAGAUGGUCUAAGUCAUUUUAUUAAAACUGGAGAAACAGUUGCCGGAGAAAUGGACAUUGGGGACGCUUAUCGCAUGCUUCAGAUUCCUGACCGAACUGUGGAUGGCGAUGCCGUUAUGGCUGCUUACACAAUCUGCGUAGAUGAGAACCCCGGCCAAGCUGAACUCUAUAAUCGCGCCCUCCGCAUCAUUUCCCGGGAACUCGACAACCCCGUUCUCAAGAACAUGGCAGGAGUCAACACUGAGUCAGAGCAGAAUCUCUCUGAAUGGCCUGUCGGGCUGCAGAAUAUCGGCAACACCUGUUACCUGAACAGUCUUCUUCAAUUUUACUUCUCGAUCAAGCCGUACAGAGACAUGGUCUUGAAUAUUGAGAAAUUUCAGAUGGACACGACCAAUGAAGCAAGUAUCACUGUGAAGAAAGUGGGGUCGCGCAAGGUGUCGGGAAAGGAAAUUGAGCGGUCCCUUAGAUUCCUUACGGAACUCAGAGUUCUCUUCCGAGAUAUGAUUUCGUCAAAGAAUUCCUCUGUCACGCCCAGCCAAGAGCUCGCUCGUUUGACUCUUAUCAGUCCCGGGAAUGAAGCAGCUAUUCGUCGGCGGUCAACAAUAAGCGCCUCUAAAACCCAUGGUCUUGGCGAUGUGAAUGGGGCCCCUGUCUUAGGUCCGCUUGGCCCCCCUCAACCUAUCGGUGAGGACCUGAAGGAACAGCAACCGACUUUUGCCUCGGAUAAUCUUGAAAUAAGUGAUGUAGGGAGUGAGGCAACGCUGGUAUCUGAGAGUAAUGGGACGGGUGCAACUGCGCCCCCCAUGGAUGCUGAGCCAAUUAGUGAAGGCUAUGUGAAUAUUUCACCCACUCAGCCUGUCCCUCCUACACGUGCACCACCUGUUCCUCCCCGACCUGCUCCUGAAAUUGACCCCAAGAAGCAGCUCAUUGAAGAGGUGGAAAUUGGCGCACAACAGGAUGUCACAGAGGUCAUCAACAACGUUCUCUUCCAGAGCCAGUGUGCCAUCAAGCCUCGAGAGGUUGCUUCGGAUGGUGAGCAAGUUGAUCAUGUCAAAGACAUGUUCUAUGGCCAGACGCGGUCCUACAUUACCACUUCCGGAGGCACACGGUCAAAGGAUGAACGUUGGUGCGAUAUAAAAGUCAACGUGGCGCUUGGACCUCGCGACAUAUAUGAUGCUAUUGAUGGAGCUUUUGAUGUUCAGAAGAUCAGCGUUGAGAACGCCGAAGCGGAGCAAUAUGGAUCUAUCACCCGCCUUCCCCCCAUCCUCCAGAUCCAGGUGCAGCGUGUACAGUUUGAUCCUGUGAAGAAGACUUCAUACAAAUCGACAAACCACUUGCAGCUUUCUGAGACGAUCUACAUGGAUCGUUAUAUGGAUACUACAAGGCAGGAUCGGCUGGAAGCAAGACGCCAGUGCUGGGAGUGGAAGAAAAGUCUUGCCAGCAUCCAAGCACGCCAGGCAGAGCUUCUGCGUACUCAGGAAAGUGAUGGUCUUGAAAUGGCAACUCUCUUCCGCGAGGCUAUGGGUGUCCUUGAUGACUUGAACAUCCCGGGCAGCGAUAAUGCUUCGAUGCCUGAGGAUUCAGAGCAAUCUACUGGAUCUGACUCGGGUUCUAGCGCUCCGGAGAAUAAGCUACGACUCAUUCAGGAGCUCGAGCAGAUGUCGGAGGACGUACAGACAGAGUUCCAGGCCCUUGAGCAGCAGAUUCAGACCACAAAGCAACUGAUUGCCGACAAAUUCGCCGACUCCAAAGAGAUGCCUUACCAACUGUACGCAGUAUUUGUCCACCGCGGUUCCGUCUCGUUCGGUCAUUACUGGAUUUACAUCAAAGACUUCCAGAAGAACAUCUGGCGUAAGUACAACGACGAGUAUGUGACCGAAGUCCAGAACCUGGACGAAAUCUUCGCCAACAAAGAUGACACCAACCCACCCACCCCUUAUUUCCUUGUCUACAUCAACGAACUCAAGAGAAAUCGUAUGGUCGACCCCGUCUGCCGCGAUAUUGUCGAGGAUCCACAACCAGAGGUUUCCGCCAACGACCCCUCUGCCAUGGAGGGCAUUCUCAGCCCAAAUCCGAUCGAACAUGCACACCAGGACUACAUGGCUGAGCAGCAGCUUCCGCCGGCUCUUGCUCCGGCUGGGGAAUCCCAGGAAAUCAAAAUGAAUGAAUAG